GUUCCACUUCUUAUCGUGUGACCUCCCUUCCCAGCUGAAACCUAGCAUAGCAGCCAGUCAGGAAGUGUGAGCCAGCCUUCUCUUCCCAUAGCAGCCAGCCAAGGAGAAAUCAGUGGGAGAGUGCGAUAGUGAAACCGAUCCAUCGAAGAGCCGGUGUGUGUGAAGAACCAUCAGAGCAAGAGAAAAACCAGUCGAAAACAGAGCAAGACCGAGACGCGCGUUAGAGUCUCCAAAUCUUAUCUCUCCACCCAUCGCCACAGCCUCUCGUUCCGUCCACUCCCCCCCGUCAAACCGCGCGGCUCCGCUUGUAUAGCGCCGCCGCGUGCUCUGCUCCCCGUUUGGUUUGGUUUCUUGGCUCUGCUUCCUCGCGUCGUUGUGUGUGCUCUGCUCCUCCUCCUCUUCCACGAGGUAAAAGAAAAAAAACAAGCCACGAAAUAUAAACGCACGCGCGCUAGCACUAGUAGCUGCAGCAAGUACAAAGUAGAAGCUACCGCCGUCACUCAUAGCACUGCUGUACAACUGCCUCUUUUUGGGGUAACCUGUAACACUACCUGCGACAAGUCGAGCUAGGUAACUAGCUAGCUCAGUGUCACUUGCAAAGAACCAGCAGGGAGGCAUGGCACUGACAGUGUUCGAGACCACCGAGCAGCUCCACCCGUGCCACCUAGUUGAGCAGGGCGGCGACGGCGGGAACGUUGCUGGCGCUGGUGCCGAGAAGGCCGCUGUGAUGCUGAAGGAGACGGACCACGGCGGCGAUGACCACCGGCCGGAGAGGGACGACAUAUGGAACAUGAUCCAGGCGCAGAAGCCGCCCGCCGCGCCGAGGCAGGCUCAGGCGCCGUACGUGCACCCGCUCGUGCGGCGCUCGUCAAGCCUGCUGACCCAAAAGAGCCUGGAGAUCUGCACCGAGAGCCUCGGCUCGGAGACCGGCUCCGACGGCUUCUCUGACGCCGACGGUGCCACCGACCUCUCGUGCCCGAACUCCGACGACGAGCGCGAGGAGGGCGAGGACGAGGUGGCCGCGCGCGCGCCCCCGCCCAGGGCGUUCCCGCCGCCGCUGCCGUCGCUGGCGCGGCGCACAGUGGGGGCGAUGCAGAUGAGGCAGACCCGCCGCGACGGCCGCCUGGUCGUGGAGGCCGUGCCCAUGCCGUCGCCCACCCUGUUCCGCGCGCAGCGCCGCGGCGGGCGCUUGCUCCUGUCGUUCGCCGACACCGCCGCCCCUGCCUCGGACGAGCUGGACAAGGACCGCGGCCAGCUGGAGCCCGAGCAGCAGGCUGACGAGCACGGCGCCCACGAGGAGGAUGAGGACGAGGAGGAGGAGGUCGAGGUCGUGGACAGGGGCACCGUGGUCGAGGUCAAGGUGAGCACACAGCCGCAGGCGCACAGCGGAAGCGGCCCGCGGGUGCACCGCUCCGCGCUCGUCAUCAACAAGUUCGUGGGCGCCGAGCCGGUCGCCACCUGCGAGGAGAUCAACGAUGCCGCCCCUGCUGCACCACAGCACCCUCCCAAGCCUCCGAGGCGCUGCACGGGGUCCACCACCACGGCCGUCGCGGCCCUGGCCGCAGCCUCAGCGCUGAGCGCGACUGCCGCGCCGCGGGGCAAUGGCGACGACUCCGUCCCCGGCGCCACGUGCGGCGAGAACAAGCUCCUGAUGACAGCGAGGCGGCGGCGCAGUAAGGAGGAGCUGCUUAAGCACAUGCGCCGGUGCGGGCAGCUGAGCGGCCGGCAGCUCUUCAUAUGGGAGGGGUGCAUCGCCACCUCCUCUUGAUCAACCCCGACCGCCGAAUGCUCCGGACCGCGCCGCCGCCGCCUCCCGUCGCCGUUCCAUUCUAUGCUUCAUUGAGUGCUUCUGUUUGUUUUCAGCAGCUGGUGUAACGUAUGUACGUAACGUCAUGUUGUUGUUGGUAGUGAGUGAUGAUCAUCACGUGAUUGGCUUAGCCGUGUGUGUGAGAGAGCGCGCUAAAUUGGUUCGGUAUAUCCAUCCCCGAGCGUGCCCUGCCUGUUGUAUCUACUACGAUUUACAUGCUGCUUCUGUUACUAGUGACCGUUGUUUAUGAUUGA